CGGACCGCCCCUCCGCCUCUCCCGGCUGCCUCCACCUCCGCUGGUCUAUCAUCCACACCGCUUUUGUUGCAGCCAUUUUACCGUGGAGCGUCAGCGCAGCGGCGACCGGAGGAUGCCGAGACAACCCACCUAAAGCAUGACUAACAUGGUGGACAUGGCGAAAGGUCCCCCGGUCUGCCGGCCCUCCGCAUUUGCCAAUGAGGAGCGUAGGGCUGUCCACUCUUGGUCUCGGAUCUCUUCUGCCGGACAGAAUAUACUCCUCGACGCUUUGAAGAUCCUGAGUCCAGUGUCCUGUGACCUGACAAGCACAGAGGAUCUGGUCACCUUCUUGCAGGAACUGAGCGAGGAAGGGCACAAGCCCACUGUGCUGCAGAGCAAGGACGUGUAUCGUUAUCGUUCUUCGACAAACCUUCCACUGACGGAAGAUAUGCUGAAACCUUCGAGGAACAUCCGACCCACUGCCAAGAAGAGAUCUAGGAGACCUGUGAAAAAGCGUGAGGUGCAUCCUUCGUGGAACAUGUCGGUGAAAGGGAACCCGAGGAUUCAAGGAGUUCCUCCCUCCGAACUACUGGCGGACCACAUUGAUGUUGUGCAUAAGAACGCGCCAAGUAAGACACUUGAAGUAUCGCAGGCAUUCCAGGCAAAGCCUUGUCUCCGAUUAACUAACAUCAAAGGUGUGUCUGGCUGUCACACAGCCCGCCUUCAGAUUCACACAGCAUGGCAGUCUUCGUGUGAAGCUCCGCCUGCUGUCCUCCCUCAAAAGCUGCACCCCGCCCCACCGCCAGGAAUACCUUCGCAGCCUUCCCAGAAUGGUGGUGGAGCUUCCACCAAAGCAGUGGCCUUGUUUAGCCAGAAGAGUUCGUCGUGUCCUAUCCGACUAGACGGAGCUCUCAUCGGGGAUUCGGCGCCGGCUUUCUGUGCCAACGGCCGGGCCUUCUCAGAGACUCACACCACACUCACCAGCAACGGCUGGAGAAGCAACUGCUUCCACCAGGAGGGACAAAGUUUGAAAGAACUCACCAACUCGCCUCGGUUGAGAAACGGCUGGAAAGAGAAGAAAAAUCUUCGAUCCAAGGUGGUCAAAGUGGACCACUCGCGGUCGGUGGAUGAGGCCCGAAGGAAAGCGCAAAAAAUUCUACAGGUAAACUUGUCACCUGUGAUCCAGAUCCAGCCUCUUACCCACGUGCUAGGAGACUUCAGACACCAGAACAAGUGACUGAGUUAGAUUAGCUGAAAGACUUGAGUGAAAAAUUUGAAUUUCUACAACUUUUUACACUUUCUCAGUUGUUGCCUCUCCAUGGUGUUUGAUGCUAAUACAAGAGUUGUUCCAUUGAUUCUGGGAUGUUUGCUCCAUGUUGGAGGUUGACCCAGUCUGACGUGGCUUCCAGAAGGUUUCUAAUGAUGAGAACCGUUGUGUGGUCGACUGGCACUAGGCGCAGAUAGAACCAGCACCAACCAGCCUCGUGCUUCAGGCUGAUGGGGGGUCGGGUGGGUUGCUGAUUUUGGGGUCACAGCUUCCUGUUGCAGAAGACAUUUCUCUCGUCGUUCUUCCCUGAUCACUUUUUUUGUGUUUUGAGCAGUUUGAAUUCCUCUGCCCCCUUUCCCUGUUGGGAAAGUCCAGACUUGGUCACGACACAAGAGAUUAUUUUGAAGUCUUCAGCCAAACACGUCUUAGUUGUUCCUCAUUCUAAGCUUUGAUGAGGGAAUCUUCCACCCAUUCAGGCUUAAGUUCAGAGACCAAGCCCACAUUCGAGAAAGACCUUUGAUUGUGUUUACUACAAUCCCAAUAAAAUACUCCUCUGUGCUGUUUCUAUAAGCUAGGUCCUGCACUGUGAGCAUUUGACAACUGCAUGUUCCCUAAAAUUGAGGUUAUUUGACGUACCAUGACGUUUGGGAAGCAAAUUGAGACAUGUUGACCUACUGGUGCUCAAACAUCUGGAAUUGUGUUUCUACUUCACAUCUGCGAUUCAAGCAUUUAUAAGCGGCAACUUCUAUUUAAGGUGUGCUCCUUCCCCCUGCAGGUUGGGGUGAGCAUGCCAUGCUGCCUUGUGUUUUCCAAGGAUUUUUUUCAGAACCAUCCAUUCAUUUAUGUGUGAAACAUCUUGUAUGUCAAGACAAAUUGAGUUUGAAAAUUGUACAGUUUUUAUUUACGACUUUAGACCUCCCAAAACAAGUGUGAGAAGAAUGAGACUUGAGCGCUCUGCCAUCCUAGUAGAGGUGUCGUUCAAUCGAGGUUCUAGACUAAUUUUGGCUUCAAAUGAGAGCAUUGGUCUGAGCUCCCGACCCAAACUAUGACGACAUGUUGGUCCUUGUGGUCUGCCGCUGAGUCUCUUUCAGUGACUAUGACUGGCAGCAUUUGUCUUCUGCUCAGUGAGAGGUUGAAUGUCUGAUCCUACCCAGCAAACCCCCUUUUCUGAAGCGCUUUGUUUGUCAUGUUUCUCCAACACUUGUAAAAUACUGUAUUUCAUACAUGACCUUUGAAAACAUUUUGUUCAAUAAAGUUAUUUUAAAAUGUGUUUUACACUUUUUCUAUUUGUGUGCUGAGAACAUUGAACGGCCAAGAUUGGAGGCAGGGAUUCAACCGACUGUCAAACAGUCAUGCUAGGGGUAUCCCUUCAUUGCAGAAGCCUACAGAGCCAAUCUCUCAACCACUGACCGUUCUACAGUCCAGACGGCACCACUGCACCUGCAGCUUAUAAACCGCUGUGGCUUAUGGAUGAACCAGAUCUAUUUUCCUUCUUAAAUUUAGUGGCUGUGGCUUAUAUUCUGGUGCACUCU